GGUUCGCAUGGGUUCGUUGAGUCGCCACGCGUGCCCGUUCGUUGUUGCACAUCGACGUCAACCGCUUUCAGUGCUAUAGCGCGUUCCUCCGCGCUACAUCUACAUAACCUUAAAUUUUGUAAUUUUGCUUAACAUUAUUCACUGUUUAAUAUUAUUACAUACUAAUGAUUACCUCGAGUUUAUAAUAUUUGUGGUGUGUAGUUAACGCCUAGUCGUCUGGCGUUCAGUUAGUGUAUUUUUGUGCAACAUAAAGUAAAUAUAAACGGCAAGCUGUGGGGUUCAGGGGCCUUUUUUUUGCCGCCGCAGGGGAUGUACUAUCCUGUGAGUAACGGCAAUGUCAUCGACACAGGAACACCAACUCUACUGCACAUGGUGGGCACGGGGAUGGCGGGCCCGUUCCCUGCGGCGGCGGCGGCUGCGGCUGCGGCGGCUCAGUUCGCCGCUAACGGAGACCUCGCCGCCGUCAAGGCCGAUAACGGAGCCGCUGCCUCGCAACAGUCCUCCCUCGUCAAGAGCGAAGGACCUCCGGCACAAGCACCCCUACCGCCGACCAACUUCUCACCCCAACCGACACAGCAACACACCCAGAACUCGAUAGAAAACCAAAAUCAGAAUUCACAAAGCGAAGCGGACUCGAACGACGAGAGCACGCCGGUGAGUGUGGCGGCGGCGGCUGCGGCUGCACACGCGGCGGCGGCUGCGGUCACGGCGGCGGUGGCGGCCGGCGCUGCGCCCGCGACCGCCGACAAGAGCCUCGUGCCCGUCACGGCCUCGCAGCCCAAGCGACUGCACGUGUCCAACAUCCCCUUCAGAUUCAGAGACCCGGAUCUCAGGAACAUGUUCGGGCAAUAUGGAACGAUACUUGAUGUAGAAAUUAUCUUCAACGAACGCGGCUCCAAGGGAUUCGGUUUUGUAACAUUCGCAAAUAGUGGUGAUGCGGAGCGAGCACGAGAGCGUCUUCACGGCACCGUGGUUGAGGGCAGAAAGAUAGAGGUUAAUAACGCCACAGCCAGGGUGCAGACAAAGAAACCACCCGCGGUGCCAAACGUGUGUGUCCAGUGGCCGGAAGCUCCUGCUCUGCGCGGCGCCGCCGUCCUCCGCGGCCGCUCCCCGCGCCCUCCCUCCGCGCCGGCCGCUCACCCUCACCCCCUCGCACCCGCGGUGAUGCCACGCGCCAACCCAUUCGCCUCGCCGUUGCACGCAUACGCACAUGUGUAUUACGACCCGUUCUUAGCUGCAGCGGCGACUGCUGACUCCAACUACAGGCUACAGGCCGUGAAGCCCGCAGCGGAGGCGGCGGCGGCUGCGGCAGCGGCUGCGGCGCCAUUGCUGAAGUCCCCGCUGACGACGGCGCAGCAUGCGGCAGCGGCGGCGGCGGCAGCGAACUACGGAGCGGCGGCGCGGGCGGCGGCAGCGGCAGUCAGCGCAGCGCCGGCACCAGCCGCGCUAGCGCCGCUUGCCACCUACGGUCGAGAGUAUGCGGACCCGUAUCUAGGACACAGCAUCGGUCCGGUUACAGGAUACGGGACCGCGGUCUACAGAAGCGGAUACAACAGAUUCGCUCCGUACUAAGCCAGUGGAACAAUCUAGAAAUUUAUAGCACUUAAAUGAAAUCUUCGUCAUACGAACGUAACAUGACAAUGAACUCUCUUUGUAAAACGUACAAAAAUUAUGAUAGGUGUCAGUAAUAGCGCUAGCCGGCUACUGUUAUAGCUUGAUAGCUAGUUGUCUGAGCCCGCACCGGACUCACCAAUACCAAAGUCAUUAAAAUGUCUAACAGUUGUAGUUUAAGUGGGGAGGUACUGCAGACAUGCGAGCGUGGCAUAUACAAGGGCGACUGGAGGUCGCUCGUUCUCUAUAGAUAAUUAUAAUUGUAAGAGUUACUAUUUAUUAGUACCUACAUAUUGUUGAUGUACGGUAUUGGUAUAGAAUAGUUGUUACAUCAUACAAAUUUGACAAUAGAAUAUUUCAUGUAAAGAUAUUUAGUGAGCUUUGCACUUGCAUAUCAUAGAGAGGAUGUAAAUAAUUAAUUGGAGCACAUUUUAAUGAUUUUUUUUAAUUAUUUUAUUAUCUCAAUAUGCUUUGUACAGUACGUUGGUGAUGCGGAUUUUUUAAAAUUACCGGAUAUAUUUCGCCGUGGAAUGUCUAUCGAAGUGGUCCCCGUAUUUAUUUUUUUAUCCUCGAAUAUUAUUUUUGAUACUGUUUAUUUUUUAUUUUAUCCGUAUUUGAUAGUUAUACCCCGUCAUAUGGAAUCGUUUGUAUGCGGUAUGCUAUAUGAAGUUUAUCUAAAGUACUCUGAGUAUGUAGGUAGCCAUUUUUGUAGAAUAUUUUAAUAACAUUUACAAACGUGGUGCGUUCUGAUAGUGGUGCCAUUUGUUCGGUUGUUAUUUUACAUAUAUUUUUAAAGGUUACCUUCUAUUAUAUACUCCGGAAGUAACUCGUAUGUUUUAGAACGAGAGCGUUGCUUGGUUCGAGUGAAGCGUUUAACAGAAAUUUAAAUACCCACGAUUGAGACGAGAUGAAGUCUAAACGCUCCAUGUCCAAGCAGCGCUCUCUGUGUUAUUUGAAUAAGUCUCGCAGUAACGGUUCGCUUCUUCUCUAGCUGGUGCCAGUCCUGAGUCCUCAGCCCCUGGUGUUCCGAGUUCGUCGGUAUUAGUUCUAAUAUAUAAUUUUACUGUAACGUAGUGUAACGCUUUAGACGUAGAGUGUAAGUGAAUAUAACUCCUCGGAGUUUUACAUAUCACUGAGAUUUCUCCUUGUAAUUAUGUUUUAAUACUAACUGUAUCUAAUCUUACAGUGCUAUCUGAUAUACCUUCAUGUCACGGAGCGAGUACGCGUACGGGUCCAACCCCCAGACACGGCGGUGUCUAUUAGAUCUAACUUUUUCAUUAGAAUUGUAAAAUAUCUUAAAAUCUAUGAAUUCGCUCAACGUUUAUACCAAAGCACAAAAACCCAUCGAUUCAUACGUUUGCGAAGCUUUGCAUGUCAUUUAUGAAGUCUCAUUAGAUUUAAUAGUCUUUCAUAUAGAAAAACUUACAUAAUCUUCGAGUUUGUGUUUUUUAUAACUAUCUUAUUAAAAGGCGUCUCUAUGUAAUAAGUGUUCUGUAUAUUGUUUAGGAUCGUGUCGUUUACUUUGAAGUAGUCAAUGCCUGGACGGAUUCUCUCUCCUAGCAACAGACCCGCCCGGACCACAGCUUCAGUGUAACGCCGCGAGUCGCCGCCUCGCGUCGCGCCGCAGGUGGACCUAAACGGUCAGUUAUCUGACUCACGAACGAGCCUUGUUGAAUUCAUUUGAAGUCGAAAUCUGCGUAAUGUGGGGCCAAUUUGUUGAAUAUUAAGUUUUGCUUAUUGCUGUUCUGAGUAACGAUAACUGACUCGUUCUAGUGUUUCGAUAUGAGAUCAAAGUUCUGUUAACUCGGCGGCGCGACGCGAGGGGCCUCCAGCAAUGCUCGGCCGACGUGUCGGUCCGCUGUCCGGCCCGUGUCUUCUCGGUGUUCUCGUGUGGACAUAUCAUUAACAUAUUCGAUGUAUGUCUUUUGUCAAUUCGUGAGGCAGUUCGGUGCCGUCUACAAUGAUAGCUUUAAUUACCUACGAAAUAUUGAAUACGGCGUAGUUCAGCUGGUGGUCUGUGAGUGGAUUCUUUCGACCCGGUACUGAUGGCAACUCGAUAUGAACAAUACAUUAUUUUAGUAUUUCUAGUCCAUACGCGCACAAAUAUACAUUUAUAAAGGUGCUCACGCUUUGCUCCUGAUCGUUUCACGGUAGUCACGGGAUACUGUUCAAUGCUGUUCGAUAUGAAUUUUGAUCUUAAUGUAAGUUUUUUAUUAUCGGUAGAGUUUUCGUGUCAUAUUAACUGAUCGCCUGUACUAUUGUUUUUCGGUGGCGCCGCUCGCCUGGUGGCGCCACUGGCUUUAUGUUAUAGGUUAAUUAUUAUUAUUACAAAACGUUGCGGUAGUCAUGUUGCAGCUUCGAACAAUAUUGUGCUUUAUUGCUAAAUACUCAUGUGUGAAUGUGUAAUUUUAAGAUAUUUAGUUUUGUCGCCAUUAUUAUUUUUUUUAUUAUUAUUUUAGUGAUUUUUUUUUAAUGCAAAUUUAUAACUAAGUACAGUAAAAGAAGUACAUGUGAUUCUCAUCGACGAUUAUGAUUUUUAUAAUUUUGGUGAAAUAAACAACGUCAGGAAUGUUUGUGAUUAGAUUUAAAUUAUUAUGAUUGUAAGUGCUGUACCCGGCGUGCGUGCUCCGCGCGGUCGGCGCGCCCGUACUCCGCCGCCCUUACUCCGGCGACACUAGUUGUUUAAGUAUCGUCACUGAGCUCUCUCCACACGAGCCCGCUGACUGCCCGGAGCCGACACGCCACAUUUUAUCUCUUUAUUUUAAUCGUCUCGAUCGGUGUCGAUUUAUAUAUUAUAUAUAAUAUUUUUUUUUUAUAUCAAACUUGUAGAUUUUGAUGAAAUUAAACCAUAGAUCGAAAUAUACGAAAUGAAUUAUUUUAGAUUGUAGAUGUUUCAUAAUCUAAGCCAAAUCGUUGUUAUUACUUGGAGAAAAAUCUGAAUUUAAAUAACAUAUCUGACAAAAUGGUUAGUGUGCUACAAUAAGGUUAUGGAAAUAAAAUAACAUCAAGAUCAAUGUAUUAUAAAUAUAAUAAUCGUUAUAUUUAAGGUAUAUUAUUAUGUAUUUUGUAUCAACAAUUGUUUCUCGUUUUUUAUGAGACUUUAAAUGGUAUCUGAACCGUCGAUAUGGCGCUGUACCGGCGCGGCGCUGUGCACGAACAACCGCGGCCACCAGAGCAUGACCCCCGGUUUUGGUGUUGUUGUAUUGUGUGUUGUCGAGUCAUAUCCCUCGUCACUCGUGUCGUCCUAACCGAUGGCACACUGUUAUCGGCGUAUUGUGCUAAAUAUUGAUAACCUCAGGUUUAUAUUGUAUUGUUGACAUAGCGAUUUAAUAAGUAUCACUCGUUCGUCUAUUGCACUCGUCGACGAUGUACGAUGUACAGUUAGUGUAGCGACUGUCCGACUGUCUAACGUUUAAGAUACUCGGACGUCUGUGGACUAGUGACAAGUGACCGGUGUACGUAGCGCAUAUUAGCUUAUGGUAUCUAUAACGCAUAGAGAUCGCUUCCUUUGUUGUGCUUCAAGUCGGACGUAUUGAGACGAGACGUAGUAACGAGAGGUCAUCGUCGGCUGGUCGUCAUCCUGCGGUCGUCGGACGUGCGUUACGUAGACUGGAGCUGUUUAGAUACUAAUAUGACCGUGCUCAAUUUCCGUAUCUGUACGUUGUAUGUAAUGUUAAAAAGAUAAUGUUCAAAAAUUUUUUAAUAUACCUAAUACCUAUCUUUGUUAAAACUAAAUGAAUGUCUUCCGUUUGGCACAUUUUAUAGAAUCGAUGCACAUUUUAUUAUAGCACGGACGUCCAGAGCUGGCCGUUGUGCCGUUUUAGUUUCGAGCCGAGUGCACAGCGACCAUUUCUCAUGCGAUUUGUGAUAAACUAAAUAAAAUUCUUUUCGUGUGACAAUUUUGUCAUAGAUUGCAGAGUUGAUUUGUUCCAUCUAUUGUAAAUAUAUUAUUUUUUCAAAACGAAAAAAAAAUGUUGAAUGAAGUGAAUCAUUUAAAGCCUUUGGCAUUGUGUACUCAUUUACGUUAUUAAUAAAUUAUAGUAUGAAUUGA